AUGCCCGCAGUGCCGCUUAGGCGGCACAGUAUCCCGAAGAAACGAAUCUUGUCCGGUUUGUCAUGUGCCAAAGCAACCAACGGGGAUGCAUCAGAAUUCAAAACACCCGUGGCCACCAUCAUCGAUCAUGGUUCGUACGAUCCUCGUGUGGUGUUGAAGCGUGCUUACCCACCGAGUUCAUCCAAUACCAGUCCGUCGGAAUCCUCUCACGCCGAACCAAAAAUAACACUGAUGCGAGGUAUUUCCGCAGACCGAGGCUCGUCUGUUGCAGAAUGCGUCAGUCUCGCAAGUGUUGCCCAAACGAACGCAUCCUGUUCCUCUCGGACCUCGUUAGAUGCACCCAGCCUUCUUUCAAUCUCACGAAAACCUCGUCUGGAUCGUUCCGAAGCCAGCUUGCCAUUGACUAGUCGUUCAAACAGUAAUGUGCGUCGGCUACCGGCGUACCGCGAGAAGUCUAAACGCUCUGCCUCGUCAAACAUAGCGAUCAAAGAGAACAAUCUGGCAUCUACGUGCUUGGCAGAUGCAUCCUCAGUGAAAUCCACCGACAACUUACCUCGUGUUACACACGGUGUCAAUUCGGACAGUUUGGAAUCCGUUCUCAAAGCUGCGACCCGUGUACACAAUACCAGACGGUCACUGAAGCGCGAGGUUUUUGUGGAUAUGGUAUGCUUCGAGUUUAGUUGUCUUACUUUUUGUCUGACACGUCUUACAGAUUCUACUUGA